AUGAAGGUUCUGAUUCUCUUGGCUCUCGUUGCUGUGGCUUAUGCCGCCCCUCUGGAGGAGGAGGACAAGAUCGUGGGUGGGUAUGAGUGCAGGAAGAACGCUCUGCCCUACCAGGUCUCUCUGAACUCUGGAUACCACUUCUGCGGUGGCUCCCUGAUCAGCAGCACAUGGGUUGUGUCUGCUGCCCAUUGCUACAAGUCCCGCGUUCAGCUGCGUCUUGGUGAGCACAACAUUGCUAGCAAUGAGGGCACUGAGCAGUUCAUCAACUCUGCCAAGGUCAUCCGCCACCCCAGGUACAACAGCCGCAACCUGGAUAAUGACAUCAUGCUGAUCAAGCUGAGCAAGCCCGCCACCCUCAACAGCUACGUGAAGACCGUGGCUGUGGCCUCCAGCUGUGUCGGCUCUGGAACCCGCUGCCUGGUCUCUGGCUGGGGCAACCUGAGUGGUAGUGGCAACAACUACCCCGACCGUCUGAUGUGCCUGGAUCUCCCCAUCCUCAGCGACAGCACUUGCAGAGGCGCCUACCCCAAUCAGAUCACCUCCAACAUGUUCUGCGCUGGAUUCAUGGAGGGAGGCAAGGACUCUUGCCAGGGUGACUCUGGUGGCCCCGUGGUGUGCAACGGAGUUCUGCACGGUGUUGUGUCCUGGGGCUACGGCUGUGCCAUGAGGAACAAGCCCGGUGUCUACGCCAAGGUCUGCAACUACAGCUCCUGGAUCAGCAGCACCAUGUCCUCCAACUAAAUGUCAUUUUGAGGAUACAACUACCAUGCAGUAG